GAGCGUUGGGAAUCAUUACACGAGUUACGGUUCAAUGUGAAAAUGCGUUUCUCCUUGAAGCAAAUCAAACGCCGGCAAAAUUAAAUUACGUUCUAGACAAUUUUGAUGCUAUUGUUCAUUCGGCUGAACAUGCUAAGUUUUGGUGGUUUCCACAUACUGAUGAUUGCAUUAUUUGGAAAGCAAAUCGCUCCAACAAA